AUGACACAAAGCUCGACCGAUUUCUUACCACAGGUUGAGAAAAUAGUACCAAACACAGAGGAGAAGACCACGACAGAGACACCUAAAGAAACUAUUCAUGUGGAUGAUUCAGCCACCGCAGUUGAAGUUGAAAUCAAAGAUGAAGUACCAAAAGUAGAGAAAGAGACUGAAAACACCGAGACAGCUCCGGUUAAAGAGGAGAAACCAGUUGAAAUUCCGGUAGCUGUGGAGGAGAAAGAGGUCAAACCGGCGGCCGAAGCUCCAGCAGAAGAGGAGAAGGAUGUUGAAGUCAAGACAGUGUAA